GAUGAAGCGCCCUUUUCAAUCAUGAUAGAAAAAAGGUCGCUCACAGCACUCAUCUUCGAUCCAGGCGGAGCGCCGAAAACGCGCGAAUUUGAACGGUGCAAAGAGAUUCAAAGGCCGGAGAGAUGGACUCUGUCGAGAUUGUCGUGGUAGCGUCGCCCUUUGCGAACCUGGCUCCCCUCUAUGAGGCGGAUUCAGACGCCGACGCGCUGCUCAUUGUGCCGCCAUCCAACAAUACCAUUGCCUUGCGCAGUGAGCUGCCCUCCCAUCCCAAUGGAAUCGACAGCGAGCAGAACGGCCGGGGAGCGGCGACAGGUGUUCUUCAGACAGGCUUGCGCAUCAAGGCCUCCUCGAAACACCUCGCACUCGCUUCGCGCGUCUUCAGGAACAAGCUGCAGUUCGGCAACGCAAGGGCAGCGCGGCAAUCCGACGGUCGCAUUCAUCUCAGGCUCGCUGAGGGAUUCCAUCCGACAGCGGUCAGCAUCGUCAUCAACGCGAUCCACGGCCGGGGUUCGAAGGUUCCGAGGAACGUCGACCUAGAAAUGCUUGCCCAUAUCGCCCUCUUUGUCGACCGUUUCCAACUCCUCGACGCUGUUGAGGUGUACGCCGACAGGUGGAUUUCCAACCUGGAGCAUUCCGAUCCAGACACCUUCAGCCGAGACCCAAUCCCCUGGAUCUACAUCAGCCACGUAUUCCGCCAGGGCGACAUCUUCAAAGAGGCUACGAAGCUAGCAGCUGCCCAAAGCUCCGGCCCUAUUUCAACCCUCGGCCUCCCUAUCAAGGAGAAGAUUAUCCACCACAUCGACGCCCAGCGUCAGGCCCUCCUCGGCCGCGCCCUGGCCCCGCUGCACCAGGCCGUCGACACCCUCGUGUCGGGCGCGGCCGCCUGCUCCAGCCACCACUGCGACUCCCUCCUCCUGGGCGAGCUGAUCAAGUCCCUGCAGGGGGGCGACCACGAGCGGGGACGGGAGCACGAGACGACGACGACGACGACGACGACGACGGCGACGGCGGGCCUGAUCUGGCCGCGGCCCGCGCGGCCGUUCCCGGGUCUCGGCUUCGCCUCCGUCGUGGGGCGCGUGGACCGCGGGCUGGCGGCGUACCGCCGGGCCGUCGAGGCCCGCGAGGAAGCGGAGCGGCAGCGGCGGCAGUCGGUCGAGGUCGAGCCCUGGUACAUGAAGAAGGGCGGCGGCCCCGGCCCCGGCCCCUCCACGCCCGGCCGGCCCGGGUGGGGCGUCGUCAGCGACCGGCUGCCCGUCACCCCCGCCGCGUCUCCCGAGCCGGUCUAUGCGAAUCCGCGGCAGGAGCCCGGGAGCGACGGCGGGGAGCGGCAUCAUCAUGAUCAUUGGUGUGGGACUGCCGGGAUCGUCGCCGCGCUGGGGGAGCUGCGGCGGUUGGGAGACGAGGUCGAGGGGUUGGUGCUGGAGGGGCGGCUUGGGUAUCUGCAGUAUUAGCAUGGGCCGACCGUCGCUCGCGGUGCUUUAUGGGAGAACAGCGCGGGAAUCGGGUGACAGAUCUUGAGAGAUGGGGGGGAACGAAAAGAAAACAACAAAGUCGGUGUACUAUAAUAUCACCCCAUGGCGGGCUCCUCCAGAGCGGUAAACUCCGUUGCGAGGAAGGGGCCCUGCAGACGAUCCCUCGGCUGUUUCUUUUUUUUCUCGAUUUCUUUUUUCCCCUCUUUCCUUUUAUUUCUCCGGAGGCACUAUACUCUCGCCGAAGUAUUAACAGGAUGGUUGUACAUGCCCCGGUAUUAUUGUUUCCUUGGCUCUGGUUCUAGGAGGUACCCAUCGAACCCAACAUUUCUUUUCCCCCGAAUCUGUCGACCAGAUACAUACAUACCUAGCCUACGCAUCCCACCAGUUUGAAGCGUUGUUUUCCGACA